UCGGCGAUUUAACUAUACCAGUUACUAAAGCAUACAUAUGUAUUCGUUGUGUUUGGAGGUUAAAUUGUGAGAAGAUUAACUAAAUACACCCUACCUGCUUUACGUGUCUUCCAGUCUAUUAUUAUUUUGCAGUUCUAACCGGAUCUUACGCAAAAGUAUUUUUCAAUAUCAUUGCUAAAGUUUGUCGUGUUAUAGAAAUAUUACACAAAAAGUGAAAAAUAGGUUAUUCGAGAGUAUAAUGGAAAAUGACAAUAAUUGUCCCCGUGCAUCUCCAGCCAUCAACCCACUCGAUAUUCACAAGAUAUUACAACAAACGCAAACAUUUCUGGAACCUUGUCACCUUCGCAAAUGCCGACUCGUCAACUCGGCAUGGAAUCAGGUUGCAAUUCCACUCUUGCAGAAGAGCGAUUGUCUGUAUCUCUACUGUGUCAAAAUAUUUACAAAAUUUAGUUACACUUUCGCAACAACGGACAAUCCAGAUAAUAGGAUUCCAUACAAAUCAUGCAUUUUUGCCAGCGAGCUGAUGGAUCCUGACAGCCCCGAGUUUAUGGGGUUCAAUUCCAACGCUAUAACAUUUUUUGACCAAUUUGGCAAGAAUUUUACCCAAGUUCACUUAAGUAUUGGGGGUGGGAGUGAAAGUGCAGUGCGGAGCUUAUUAGGAAAUAUUUUAUUCAAGUAUUUCACUAAUUUGGAGACGCUUUCCAUCCUGGUGAAAGAAGGUCCCUUCGAUUUCUGGACUAAUUAUGAAGAAAGUUGUCAUGAAUUGACCAAUCUGAAAAGCCUCCACGUGCAAUGGACCGGAUAUAACUCUAGUCAAAGGCACGACAUGCAAAACUUUCUCGUUCCAUUGCUAGAAAAAUGUGUCAAUCUUGUCACGCUUUCUUGCAAAAUUCCACCAUUUAUAGAACGUGGUGAUCAAAGUGCUGAUGUGUAUUCAGAUUUAAAUGAACAAUUGCUGCAAAGUAUUUUAAAAUGUGGGGAAAAUAUACUUUCCUCUAGACGAGGUCCUUUUGAAGUGCAAGUUUUGUUAAAAGUGAGCAAAAUGAAAUUGGAGUCUUUGACUCAAUGUCUGCCGAAAAAUCUAACCCAGGUUUAUUUAGAACUUGAUGAUUCUGUGGGUGAGGAUACGUUGCAUGGAUUUCUUGAGAAAUUUACAAAUUUAAGUACAAUUCAUAUCGAAUUUACAAAAGAUUCAAAUAUUAUUAUUCCUCCUGCUCGAAUCCCAGUUUUGAGACAAUUUACAGUAUUAAAUUACAAAGGCGACUUUCACUUCCUUAAUUACCUCCCGACAUUAAAAACGCUGACAAUUAUGGGAGAUUUACAGCCCGAUUUUAAAUCAAUAUGCAAUAAUGAUAGCUUGACAUGUUUAAAAAUAUCAUCGAAAAGUGGACUCACAAAACUUGACCGUUUUGGAGUCGACAUUCUGACCUCGUUCCCCAAUCUGAGAAACCUUUUGAUCCAAAAUGUGGACAAUGUCACAUUACGAGGAAUUUAUAAAAAUUUGAGGGAAUUGACAAGUCUUCACGUGAUAGGGAAAGAGAUUAGUGACGCAGGUAUUUGUGGCGAAGAAGACAAAAUGCUUCGAGUUCUACUGGAAUCUGUAGUGGAUGAUGGGGUUGACACUGUAUGGAAUUUUCAGCCACGGUUUCCACAUCUGGCGGAUCUUAAAAAUUUGCAGUCAUUUUCUGUUGAAGCCGACCUUAUCACAGAUGCCUCUUUAAUAUUUGGGAUUUCGAGAUGCCAAAAAUUAAAACUAUUAAAAAUCCGGCCAAACCUUGAGCUCAUAACCAAAUUUGGAGCUACAUCUUUACUACAACUAAAUAAUUUGGAAUUCUUACACGUUCAUGUUCGGAACGUUGGGUGGACUUCGUUAAAGCAGUUACGAGACGCAAUUAACUGAUCAACAACUACUCAUUUAUUUAUUUAUACCGAUAUAUGCGACUUAACGAUUUAUUAAUAGUACUUAAAUCUCUCCGUACUGAUUAAAAUAUUAAAUAAAAUCAUAAAAAAUAAUUUGGCAAGUAAAAUA